GCCCGGCUCAGAUUUCCCAUUGAUUACCCUUAUUCGCCGCCUGCCUUCCGGUUCCUGACCAAAAUGUGGCAUCCCAACAUAUAUGAGACAGGAGAUGUUUGCAUUUCAAUUCUACAUCCUCCAGUGGAUGACCCACAGAGCGGAGAGUUACCUUCAGAAAGGUGGAACCCAACGCAGAAUGUAAGAACAAUCCUCCUUAGCGUGAUCUCGCUCCUCAACGAACCAAACACGUUUUCUCCGGCCAACGUUGACGCUUCGGUGAUGUACAGAAAGUGGAAAGAAAGCAAAGGGAAAGAUCAAGAAUACACGGACAUCAUCAGGAAACAAGUCCUGGGAACCAAGGUGGACGCCGAGAGGGACGGCGUCAAAGUCCCCACCACGUUAGCGGAGUAUUGCGUCAAGACCAAGACGCCCGCCCCGGACGAAGGCUCCGACCUGUUCUACGACGACUACUACGAAGACGACGAAAUGGACGACGAGGUGGAAAGCUGCUACGGGGACGAGGACGACUCCGGCAACGAGGAGUCUUGA